AUGAAUACAAAAUUGAAGCAGCUUAAGAUUGCGAGUCUGGGAAGUUCUUUUGCCUCAGGUCCAGGCAUUCCCCCAGAAAUUCCACCCCUCGGGGCCGGGCGAUCAGGGCAGAAUUACCCUCACAUCUUGGCCCAGCAUCUAGACGCUGAGCUCACCGACCUGACUGUCUCAGGCUCAACUCUUCUCGACAUUACAAUCACCCAACAGAUUAACCCAUUCACCGGUGGAUUAUUCCCCACCCAACUCUCCAAUCUGCCCGAAGAUGCGGAUAUCGUGACCAUCACUGCUGGUGGCAACGACAUUAAUUACAUCGGUGGCCAGAUCUCGGAUGCAUGUGCUGCGCUGGGCGUCGAAUCACCGGUGCCAAACACCGGCGCGUUAUCUCCAGACGCACUAGCUGGAAGACUAGCCGGGGUCGUCGAUGCUAUACACGAACGAGCCCUGGGAGCUCGCGUGUUCCUUGUCGAAUACCUUGCUGUCCUGGGACCCGACACGCGGCCGGGUCAUGAUAUCCCCUUUAAUCAAGAAAGAGUGGAACAUUAUCUCGGGGUCGCAUCUGCAAUGUCAAGAGCCUAUUGUGAUGUAGCAGAAAGCAGGAGUGAGUGGUGUCAGAGGGUACCAGUCAACGAGUACAGCCUGAGACAUGCACUUGGUAGCGAGGAGCCUUGGGUUGGACGAUUUGACGGGUCGGACGGACCGAUGCUUCAUCCCAAACUCGUGGGAAUGAAGGCAGUAGCUGGUUUGCUACUCGAGACGAUCAAAAAGCUGCCUAUGUGA